GAGUCACAUCGCGGGGUGCCAUGGAACUCUGCAAGAUUCAAACACGGGCUCCCGGGCUCAGCCUCGUUGUCUACCGUGGACAUGCCCCAUACGCUGCCUAAGACGGCACGCCGCUCAGCCGUACCAACUCGAACCGUCGCGAGUCACCCUCAAAAGUGCAUUUGGAGUUUAGCACCGCUUCCUUUAAAACCAUCCAACCCUUCUUCCCCCUUUCGGGUUUUUCCAGCAACUGUCCGGAAACAACCUACUCUUUGGAAGGAAGGAAAAAAAAUUGAAAGAAUUAAAAAAGUUUCCAAAUCCAAAAUGCACAAGAUCCCUUCCCCAUCACUUUUCACCGACGAGGACAAGGCUCCUGGAUUGACCAUUGAGGACAGUGGCCUUACCAUUUCUCUCCCAGGUAGCUGUUCAAGGCCCCACCUUCAAUUGUGAGAAUGGAUGGCUGAUGAGAAAAAGCGCGCUGGGGAACUGCCUCUCAAUGCGCCCGUGCCAACACUUUCAUUCCCGUCGACCACGACCGCACCUACUACUACGAGAUGACGGUCGUGGAUGAGGGUGACGGCAAGAGGAUCGGUCUCGGUUUCUGCGCUAAGGACGCUUCACUGAAUGGAAUGCCGGGCUGGGAGGUGGAUGCGUGGGGAUAUCACGCCGACGAUGGGGCCAAGUUCCCCGGACGUUCUCAGGGGUUGAAAUACGGCCCCAUGUACGGUACUGGGGAUGUCGUCGGCUGUGGGAUAGAUUUCAAGAGGGGCUUUGCCUUCUAUACUUUGAAUGCCGAGUAUCUUGGUAGGGCUACCGGAUUCCCGUCCUGGAACCGAGCUGAUCCGUUCUCCAGGCCCCGCUUUCUCGCUCAAGGAGGGGCUUCGCAUUUGGCCCAUGAUAGGGAUGGGCAGUGCUGGGGCAAAGGUUUCCGUCAACUUUGGUCAGAGGAAGUUUGCGUGGGACGGUAUAGAUGAUCUGGACGGGCACUUGGGGGAUAAUGCCGCGGUUGAGUACGGGAAAGAGGUGUGCUGUGAAAACUGCGGUCUUCAUUGA